UUCUCCGGGCCCGUGUGGAGCUCGGCGGCUGCAGACGCGGCGGCGGCGGCGGCGGCGGCGGCACGGCAGGCGGCGGCCUCGGGAGCGGCAACAUGAGCGGGUCUCAGAACGAUGACAAAAGGCAAUUCCUGCUGGAGAGAUUGCUGGACGCAGUAAAGCAGUGCCAGAUUCGCUUUGGAGGCAGAAAGGAGAUCGCUUCAGACUCUGACAGCAGGGUGACCUGUCUAUGUGCCCAGUUUGAAGCCGUCCUUCAGCAUGGCAUGAAGAGGAGCCGAGGAUUAGCGCUCACGGCUGCAGCCAUCAAGCAGGCGGCAGGCUUUGCCAGCAAAACCGAGACAGAGCCCGUGUUCUGGUUCUACGUGAAGGAGGUCCUCAACAAGCACGAGCUGCAGCGCUUUUCCUCCCUGCUUCACAUCACUGCGGAUGUGGGCCGAGGCCGGGCCUGGCUGCGCUGUGCCCUCAACGAGCACUCCCUCGAGCGCUACCUGCACAUGCUCCUGGCUGACCGCGCCAGGCUCAGCACAUUCUAUGAAGACUGGUCUUUUGUGAUGGAUGAAGAAAGGUCCAGCAUGCUCCCUACCAUGGCAGCUGGUCUGAAUUCCAUACUCUUUGCAAUUAACAUUGACAACAAGGAUUUGAAUGGGCAGAGCAAAUUUGCUCCCACUGUCUCUGACCUCUUAAAGGAGUCUACACAGAAUAUGACAUCUUUGCUGAAGGAGUCCACACAGGGCAUGAGCAGCCUUCUCAGGGAGAUCACAGCAUCCUCUGCUGUCUCUAUUCUCAUCAAGCCAGAGCAGGAGACUGACCCUCUGCCUGUCAUAUCCAAGAACGUCCAUGUUGAUGCCAGAUGCAAAAGGGAGAGGAGGAGGAGGAAGAAGGUAACCAACAUUGUCUCUUUUGAUGAUGAUGAGGAGGAGCAGAGCACUGGGGACACUUUAAAAAAGAUGCCUGGGACCGCAGAAAGCUCGGAGGAGACCUCUGACCGCUCCUCCGUCAACAUCAUGUCAACUUUUGAAAGCCCGUUUGGGCCAAAUUCCAAUGGGAGCCAGAGCAGCAGCUCAUGGAAAAUUGAUUCUGUAUCUUUGAAUGGGGAGUUGGGCUACCAGAAACUUGAUGUGAAAAGCAUCGAUGAUGAUGUGGAUGAAAAUGAGGAGGAUGUGUGCAGGAACCCAGCAGGAAGAAAGCACAUGGGCCACUCUGAGUCACCAGACAAGCCGCUGGAUGGGAACACCUGCCUCCCCCCAGUACCUAGCUGGGCCCCGCUGCAAGUGCUCCACGGAGAUGCUGACACUGACGUCCUCUUUCCUGUCAGUGGAGUGGGCUCCUGUGUUGCAGCAGAUGCCCCUGUGGGAAGUCUGGAGAAUGGGACAGGACCCGAGGACCACAUACUUCCAGAGUCUGGCCUUCAGUACAGUAUGGAAGCCAGUUCUCCAGGCCAUGAAAGUCCUCUGAGUAGCCUAUUACCAUCGGCUUCAGUGCCUGAGUCCAUGACAGUCCAUGAACUACGCCAAGCCAUCGUGGCCAUGAUGAACAGAAAGGAUGAACUGGAAGAAGAGAACGGGUCACUGCGGAAUCUCCUUGAUGGUGAGAUGGAGCACUCAGCCGCACUCCGGCAAGAGGUGGACGCCUUGAAAAGGAAGGUGACAGAGCAGCAGGAGCGCCAUACCACAAAGGUCCAGGCACUGGCAAGAGAAAACGAGGUGCUCAAAGUCCAGCUGAAGAAAUAUGUAGGAGCUGUCCAGAUGCUGAAAAGAGAAGGUCCAACAGCUGAAGUUGUACCCAGUCUUUGGAACAUUGAUGGAGAAGUUACAGUCCCUGAACAGAAGCCUGGGGAAGUUGCUGAGGAGCUGGCAAGCUCCUAUGAGAGGAAGCUCAUUGAGGUGGCUGAGAUGCAUGGGGAGCUGAUUGAGUUCAAUGAGCGUCUACAUCGGGCCUUGGUGGCCAAGGAAGCCCUGGUGUCCCAGAUGAGGCAGGAGCUGAUUGACCUCCGAGGCCCUGUGCCUGGAGAUUUGAGCCAAACAUCUGAAGACCAGAGCUUGUCUGAUUUUGAAAUAUCAAAUCGGGCACUAAUCAAUGUCUGGAUCCCAUCCGUGUUUCUCCGAGGCAAAGCAGCCAACGCAUUCCACGUCUAUCAGGUCUACAUCCGAAUAAAGGAUGAUGAGUGGAACGUGUAUCGGCGGUACACUGAGUUCCGGGCAUUGCAUCACCAGCUGCAGAGCGCGUUCCCGCAAGUAAGGGCCUACAACUUCCCUCCCAAAAAGGCCAUCGGCAACAAGGAUGCCAAGUUCGUGGAGGAGCGACGAAAACAGCUCCAGAGUUACCUGCGCAGCGUCAUGAACAAGGUCAUCCAGAUGGUUCCUGAGUUUGCUGCCAACCCCAAGAAGGAGACCCUGGUGCAGCUGGUGCCCUUCUUUGUGGAUAUUGCUCCACCUGGAGAACCGCUGAACAAGGACAGCAGACCCAAAGUAGUCUCCCGCUUUCCUAAGCUGUCCCGAGGCCAACCCAGGGAGAUGCGCAAUGUGGAGCCUCAGAGUGGUGACCUCUGACCUCAGUGGAAUCCCAGACCCCAGCCACUUUGUGCUCAACCUAGCCAUGGCCGCUGGCUCUGGACACCUUGGCAGGAUGACCAUGUCCCCACAGAGAACACACUCUUCCUGCUGCCGCACGCAACCCAAUUAAAUUGGUCAGUUUCAGCUGCUGGGUCCCUGUCCUUAGAGCAAGGCAUCGCUCAUGGACAGACAAAGAUGGGGACACUGUCACUACCCCCAGUGUGGCCAAGGCUGGUUAUCACCUCCUGCAGUUCUGCCAGCAGGUCAGUGGGUACCGGGACCCCUGGUUGAGAUGCACGACACGUGGGCAGAAGGAUCCUUCAGAUGCCACCCAUGACGCUUGCCCAUGUGGGAACCAGAAUGAUUUACACUCUUGGGUCUCCUGAUACAACUGCCUGCUGCAGCCUGUGGAUGGAGACUCCUCCUCCCCUUCCCCUUUCCCUGUGGUAGUUAGACACCCAGCAGCAGGGCCACAUGGCUGCCGUGGCUGGGAUUUCUCCAGGAAUAGGCCUCUAGUGGCCUAACAAAGGCAUUGGAGGUGACUUUGGUCCUUUAAGAACUUAGCCUUCCCUCCUGGUGCUUGCUUGCUACAGGAAGCAUCAUCCAUUCAGGAAACCUGAGGCUGCUCCAGCAAGGGCAGCUAGAUGGACCUGAGGGGUUCCACCAUCCAGCCCAGCCCAGGACAGCCUGGAGACCCCUAGGAGGACACCCCUGGUCCUAGAAAUGGUGGUUGUGACCUCAGAUCACUGGAGAUUUGGCUCUGGGCAUUACUGUGGAAAGCCGGUCCUAUAGGGUCUCAGACCCAGUGCCAGAACUGAGCCAAGAAUGAUUGUCCCCUGAGGUUGUUUAGCACAAGCUGUCCCCUAACAUGUUUCAGUUGGAGCAGAUGCUGUGUCCCCCCAGGACGAUGUUCUCCUCUUGCUCUCCCCUCAGGGCACCACCCUAGAGUCCAAGGCUCACAGGCAUGGAGUGGAAAAGAGCCAGCUGCUUGGCAGCUCUGCACUCUGCCACCAAGCCUGGGUCCCUCUGCAUCUCAGGACCCACUCUCAGUGGUCUUUUCCCCAGGUCAAAACCUCCUUGGUGUCUUGGUAUAGCUUGGCAGAGCUUGCAGAAGGGACCAUGUACCAAGCACUAUGCACAUCUCUGCCUGCCAAGGAGUUUCCAGUGACAUCUGCCUAGAGCAGGCAACUGGAAAUGCCUGAAUGUGGGCUAGAAGGGCUUCAGCUCAAAGCUGGACCUUGGCAAAUGGGCUGGGGAAGCAGGGGUCUUCCUGGCCCAAGGAAAGCUUGGAGAAAGUUCCCUAGAAGGUGAGAGAACUUCAGAGUACAGGAAGACAGAGAGGCCUGAACAGUUCCAAUUCUGGAGAGCACCUUGAGCCAGAUGGGCUGUGCACAGUUGAGGCAGAACACAUGUGUCCUCCCUUACAGCUGGGAGCAAGAGUUGGGGGAAGCAGGGAACAUCUUCAGCUUGCUGGGAAGGGAGGACCCAAGAAGUUUCUCCGCCCUAGAAAUCCAAGCUCUAGAAACCCAACAUGGUUCCUCUCUUGUCUGCCUGAGAGGCCAUAGGCUCCACACAAACACCACACCCAGAAUGUAGGUCAGGGAACUGGACCUGGUAGCCAGAAAGGCCCUGUGAGACUCUGGUAGGCCAAGUCCGCCUCCUGAGCUGGGGUACUCAGCAUGGAGACACUUUGUUUUCUGUCAUGUUCUGGAAAGAAAGGACUCUGCACCCUCCCACAUCUCCCACAGCCGAGUCCUGAGUAGCAGGUCUUUGGGUACCUGGCCCAAACACGUGUCACUAAGAGGCUCUCUCUCUCACUGCAAACACAACAUAUAGAACAAUCUUUCACAUUCAGUACCUGCAGUUAAAGCAGAGAAGGGAGGAAGGAAGGAAGGAAGGAAGGAAGGAAGGAAGGAAGGAAGGAAGGAAGGAAGGAAAAGAAAGAAGAAAGGCACCCAGAGGAAAUUAAAAUGCCUUGGUUUUCAAGGAUUAAUUAUGGGAAACUUGCCCAACUUUGCCAUACUGUGGAUGUAAGAACAUGGUUCCAGGGACCAUGUGGGGCCCUGUGGUUGCUUGAUAUCUGCCUCCUACCCACUCCUUUUUUCCCCAUGUAGGGCAUUGACACUGGGGCCUUGCAAGUACUGGACAAUAGCUCUCCAGUGAACCACACUCCAGCCCUGCCCACACUGUUCCCACAGAAACCUAGCAAUCACUCUUAGCUCCGGGUUGCCCAUCUCAUUACCUCACAAGAGCAUGUGAGCCCCCUGGAACUUGGGCAGAGCAGUACAGGGUGGGGUGGUCAGGUGAUGGAAGGCUGUCCCUGCAAUGCUCCCCAGAUAUGAGGUCCAAAGUCCAGAGAAGAAUGCAGAGCCGUGGCCACCCAGUGGGUCUGACACAGCCUCAGCUCUUCAGGACACUGCUUCCCAAUCCUGACUGUGGCCUUGGCAUACUUGUGGCUACUGAAACUUCCUUCUUGGAACAGUUCACAUGUCCUGAGGCCCAGGUCACAGUGUUCUAGGCCUUGGCUCCUGUGCUAUUACUCCAGCUUCAUCUGUCUGUGCAAGACACAACUGUUGUAUAAACACAACUGGCCCCUAAGGAGAGCCUGGGCCCUGGUCUCCCAAGUCUACCACCAGACUCCAUCUCUUUGGCAGCCUGCACCUGCAUACACCCACCCAGCUGUGCCCAGGACGACCCAGGAACAGUCUAGCCAUGAUGUCCUGCCCCUGCCCUGCUACACUGGCUGGGAGGCAUGCAAGAAGGAGCAGCCUCACGCCCAUGGCAAUAAGUCCUAAUGCUCAACACUCUCACUAGGGUCAAUUCCACCCAAAGCUGCCUUCUGGCCUGAGGGCUGUGACCAGAAGGCAGGUGCCUCCUCAUGAACAAGGCCUAUUGUAAUGAGCAUUCUUCAAAAUAUUGUGCAUUAUUUCAUUAAAGCUAGUGUUAAAUGUUUUCUGUUUAGGUUGGCUCUGCGCUAACUUUGCACAAUGUAGCACUGUAUAUUUUAUCUAAUGUUUCUGUGCCAAGAAGUUCAGCUCCCUGUCUUUAUAACACGUGGCCUCUAUUAUGCUGCGGAAGUGAAGUGCAGGCAGUGCAUGGGGAAGGUGGAGAGCACACUAGCGGAGCUGGAGAGGAUGCUGUGUCAAGGCUCGGGUUCACUUCUCACCUGGGCCAUGUUCUCCCGCCUUGUAGACACUGCUCACCACGUGUUCCAGCCACCACCUGCAACCUGCUCAGCUUCACUCCUGCCAGGGAAGACCGCUUGACCACAUGGAGGUUUUCUGUUUGG